AUGGAGAGCCUGGCUCGGCCUAUGAAUAUUUCCAAGAUGGCUCUAGAUGACAACUUCACUAACAGCUCCUUCGACUGUUCGAUUGAUGGCUUGAAACAAGUAAUUUAUCCCAUCACGUACCUCAUUAUCUUCUUUCUGGGUGCUGUUGGAAAUGGCCUCUCCAUAUAUGUUUUCUUCCAGCCUUCGCAGAGGACGUCGGUAAAUAUUUACAUGAAGAACUUGGCUAUUUCGGACCUCAUGUUUGUGAGCACCUUGCCCUUUCGGGCUACAUAUUUCCUGUUGGGAUCGCGGUGGAUAUUUGGUGAUAUCCUCUGCAGGAUCAUGACCUACACCUUGUACAUGAAUAUGUACUGCAGCAUUUAUUUUCUUACCGUGCUCAGCGUGGUUCGUUUCACAGCCAUCGCCUACCCGUUCAAACAUGGAAAAGUAACCAACGUGAAGUAUGCCAGAAUAACUUGCACAGCCAUAUGGAUCUUCGUGUUGGCAGCUGCCAGCCCUCUGUUGAGCAAGGAAAUCGCUGGGUACAGCACCCCAGUCAAAUGUUUGGAUCUACACCCCUCUAACACGUACAGGCUCUUCAUAAUGAACAGCUUUGUCCUCAUCGUGGGCUUCAUUCUGCCGUUUUGUACAAUUGUUGUCUGCUAUGUCUUUGCCAUCAGAGCGUUGCUGAAGUGCAGAAAUCUGCAGCCCAAGAGGAUGGCUUGUCACAAGAAGGCACUGUCAACCAUCAUCAUCACUCUCAUCCUCUUCCUCCUCUGUUUCCUACCGUAUCACAUACUGCGAACUGUCCACCUGAUGUACAGUGUGUGCAGCCAGGCCAGCCUGCCUGUGCACAAAGCACUGGUGGUCACUCUCUGCCUCGCUGCCACAAACAGCUGCUUUGAUCCCAUCCUCUAUUACUUUUCCGCUGAAAAUUUCAAAGCAAAAAUCAGAAGUUUGUUCUGCACGUAG